AUGAUGACAAGCUCGCUAGGACUAGGAUUUUCAUUUGUAUAUCACCCUCCGCACAGUUUAUAUCAAUGGGUAGAUGAGCGGUCCUUAGUACGAACAGACACGCUGGCAGCGACGCGUACGUCACGGUUCGACGCUGGGCAGCACUGGCGAGCCAGUAGCGUACGCAAAACGAACUCGCGAAGCGUUCACUUGCUGUACAGAUCUUUGACAGCGAACGCGAACUCAGCAAGCGCUGCAACCACGCACGUGCGGAGGGAGUCCUCGGUUUUCUGGAACUCGUGGCCUCGGCGGCGAAGCGUUUGUGGCAAGCCACCGGAGCAGCCUCGAGCGAUUGCUGCUGUGUGGCUUUACGAUGCGCCCGGAAACGAAGUCGAAAACCUCGCUGCACUUCAGUUGGCACUAGAAUGUCACGGUUCGCGGCAGUUGCGGGUCUUCUGGAUACGCACUGGCGCCUCACAACUGCGACAGGGACUGCGUUGGCGUCCCGCGGCACGCCAGCGUCACAGGGAGGCAGCUGACGCCGCCCUGAGGGCAUUACUGUAUUCUCAACACCACCUUUGCCUCGAAGUCAUCGAGAACGAUACGGAUAAGCGCCAGCUCUUGGACGAUGGUCAAUUGUACCGAACGUUGCUCUUCAAGCUACGCAUGCUCGCACCCCAUUACCUCUAUGUAUCCGCGGGAUGUCGGUUGCUCGUUGAGCGCGUUUUCCCAUGGGGCAGCGGUAUCCAGCACUGGCAACAGGUGAUCCGGCAGCAUGUCCGGGAGGCUUCCUGCUCGUGUUGGGUGAUCUUCCCGCAUGGAAACAAGUGCAUAUCUUCGCAUAUUUUCAUGCUCGGUGCCGGGCCCCUGGUGCCGGCGGCACCCAACUUGGUUCUCGAAGAGAUCCAGGCCCGGGGUCAAGUGCGCAUUUUCCGGGAACCCGACUGUUCUGAGAAUGACCCUGCGGAGCAACCCUUCAUCAUGAGCGCCGACUCCAGUGAGCGGUCGCUGGUAGAGCGCCUGCGCAACUGGUUGAUCCAGGUGUACCUUCCGCACGGCUACCCGCACACGGUAACGCAGGACUACCUGGCUUUCACUUUGUGGCGUCUGCUACAGAAUACCGCGGCAUCGGUGAUGGGGGUCUUCUCCACCGAGGCCCUUCUCCUGGGUCUCGGUCUCGGGAAAAACGUGUCUGGCACCGCCCAGGCUGUGCAGUGGAUCCUCAAAGACGGUUUCGGUCACGCCGGAAAGAUCGCCUACGCAGCCGUUGCCGGGAAGCAGUUCGACAUGGAUCCACGAAGCUGGCGAAUCAUGAGCGACCUCCUCGAAGAUCUAGCCGGCGUUCUCGAGAUCAUCACACCGAUUUUCAGCGGUCAGUUCCUGGUCCUGGCAUCUAUUGCCACUACCAUGAGAGCGAUCGCUGCCAUGACAGGAACGGCAACCCGUCAUGCGAUUUUCAAGAGCAUGGCUUUGGCUGAAAAUCAGGGUGACCUCGCUACCAAGGGGGAAUCCCAGGGUGUUACCACCAAACUAAUCGGGCUUGGCCUCGGUAUUACCCUCAGCAAACGAAUAGGCCAAGAUUACACGAAUCUCCUAAUCGCGUAUGGCAUUGCAGCUGUUAUUCACUUGGCUGCAAAUUUCAAAGCCAUGCAAUGCGUCGAGUUCUCGACGCUCAACCGUCAACGAAUGGCGCUUCUUCUGGACGCCUUCAUGUCAGCGCGCGCGCAGACGUCUCGCCAGGCGUCCAGGCAACUGACACUCCCAACUCCACGAGAAAUCUGUGCAAAGGAGCGCUUUAUGAUUCCACCUUGGCGGGACUACCGUCCUGAAAUCGUUUUCGGAGCGAGUCUGCAAAGAGUCAAACACGCUCGACACUUUCUCCACUGCGCGGCACUGUAUCGGAAUGAGCGUUACAUUAUCUACGCUGAGCCUUCAACAAAGCAUGUCUUGGUUUUCCUGCGGGACGGUGCAACCGUCAAGGACCAGCUCAAAGCUUUCAUGAAUGCGCAACGAUACCUGCUGGAUCGAGAUGCCGAACGUGCGUACAACUUCACACAACGCGAAUUCUCCACUUUCCUGCAGGCUACCGUCGCGAGCGGCUGGAGCACCAACGUUUCGCUGUUGAACCCCACAUCGUACCGGAUUCGUUACCGUGGCGACAGGCACCUCGUACGCUCCUGA